AUGCACUGGGAGGUCUAUAAUCUUUCUGCUGGAAAAUCGCUACCACAAUGGCUCGCCGAGUCCAAAAGGAAAAAACAGUCAUUGCGAAGCAAUGAGGACUUCCGGAAGCGCAUCGAUCUGAUCCAGGAUUUCGAGUUCAAUGUGGCUUCUUCGCGAGUAAAGGUCAGCCCUGACGGCCAGUACGUUCUAUCCACCGGCAUUUAUGCGCCGGAGCUGCGUAUAUUCGACUUGAAAGAGCUCGGAAUGAAGUGCUCUCGUGGUCUGGAUUCGGAGGUUGUGGAUCUUCAGCUCCUGUCCGAGGAUUGGAAGAAGCUUGUAAUGCUGUUGCAUGAUCGAACUUUGGAGUUUCAUUCCCAGUAUGGGCGCCAUCACCGCUUGAGGGUUCCCAAAUGUGGUCGCAGCAUCACGUACGACAGCGAGUCGUGCACCCUGUUUGUGGGUGGGUCUUCGCAAGAAGUGUACAGGUUGGACUUGGAAGCUGGAACUUUCCUCACGCCAAUCGAAAUGCAGAGGAUGAAUGAGGUCAACGAAGUGGUUACGCAUCCACGGCUGCCUAUCGUGAGUUGCUGCGGUGAUGGCGCUGUCGUCGAAUCGUGGGAUUUGCGUGAUCAAACAUCUCCUCUUCAGACGCUGAAGGUUGAUGAGGCCUCGACAUCCGAAAAUAUUCAGGUGACGCGAUGUGCCUAUUCGGGUAACGGCAUGUUCUUUGCCGCAGGCACCUCCGAGGGCAUCGUUCGUGUCUACGACCUUCGAAGCAGCCGGCCGUUGGCUCAGCGCGACCAUAUGAAUGACUAUGCGAUAACCUCGCUUUGUUUUCAUGGCAGUGGGCCAGAGUCGUCAGAUCUUUUGGUUGCAUCCUCUGACAAGAAAUCCAUCAAGGUCUGGGGCGCAACGACAGGAUCGAUGAAGGCAUCUGUGGAAUCACAGAGUGUUGUCAACGAUGUUAGCUUCUAUCCCAACUCGGGCUUGAUGUUUGUGGCGAACGACCAUCA